AUGCUGCAGGACUUGAUCGACCAGGUCUUCAUCACCGGCAGCAGACUCGUCUCUCCCGCCCCGACCGCCGCCAUGACAGACCAGAAGGACCCGGCGACGUGUCCCGUCGACCACAACAGCCGCGAGGCCUGGCUGGAGCAAGCCCGCGCCGCGUCCUCGGCCGCCCAGAAGCAGCAGCAGCAGCCGAGUCGCAACGACCUCCCGCCGUCACACCCCCCCGUGACAGCCGGCGACUCGCAGGAGGCCUGCCCCGUCGACCACAAGGCCCGCGACGUCUGGAUGCAGCAGGCCCGGGCCGCCGGUGCCUCUGCCUCCUCCUCGAAACCCACCCCUCCACAACCCCAGCCGGCAGCGACCACGUCUUCCUGGACGAGCUCGCUGCUCUCCUACCUCCCCUUCGGCUCCUCGUCCACAUCCACCCGGCCGUCGGACCCCUCGACGACAUCACAGACCCACUACUCGCUCGACACGUCCCGCGUCGUGUCCACGAUACCGCGGACGACGCUCCCCAGCGGCGGUGCCGGCGGACCCGGCGGCAGCAGCCACGAGCCCCCGCGGCCGGCGAACCAGGAGCUGGAGACGGGCGCGGACCACGCGAGCGGGAACUGGGUGUACCCGUCGCAGAAGAUGUUCUUCGAGGCCAUGAAGCGCAAGGGCCACGAUCCGCAGGCGGCCGACAUGGCCACCGUCGUGCCGAUCCACAACGCCGUCAACGAGCGGGCGUGGGCGGAUAUCAAGGAGUGGGAGGCGCCCUACAUCAAGGGCACGAGCUGCGAUGCUCCGAGGUUAAGCUCCUUUGCCGGGCUCAGCACCAACAUGUCGCCCAAGGCCCGCAUUAAUACCUGGCUGGGUUACCAGUCGCCCUUUGACAGACACGACUGGGUGAUCGAUAGGUGUGGGACCGAGAUAGAGUAUAUAAUUGAUUUCUACGCCGGCCGGCCGACCGGUGACGGGAAGCCGUCUUUCUACUUAGACGUACGGCCGAAGCUGAACAGUUGGGAAGGGGUCAAGAUGCGUGCCCUCAGAGGGCUGGGUGUGGCUUAA